UCAGGUGGGGCACGCGCCGGCACGUGACAGUCGUGCAGAGCAGGGAGUAGCUGCAGUGACAGUUCGAGUCAAGAUGGCAGCAGAGAGAGAGCCUCCUCCUAUUGGGGAUGGGAGACAGGCUGAGUGUGAGGAUCUGGAAGAAGGGGAAGACUUGUUUACCAGUACCGUGUCUACACUGGAGUCAAGCCCGUCCUCCCCGGAACCAGCCAGUCUUCCUGCUGAAGACAUCAGUACAAAUUCUAAUGGCCCCAAGACAACAGAAGUUCUACUUUGUGAUGACAGAGAAGAUCUUUUUGCUGAAGCUACAGAUGAAGUUUCCUUGGACAGUCCUGAAAGAGAUCUCAUCCUUUCAUCAGAACCUAGUCCAGCCAUAACUCCUGUGACUCCAACAUCAGUUAUAAUGCCGCGAAUGGAAACAAUUAGUAUAUCUGCACCUGUGAUUUAUGACAGAUCUACAGAUGAGAUUGAAGAGGAAUCAAAUGGGGACACUUUUGAUUUGGAAAUUGGUGUCUCAGACCCAGAAAAAAUUGGAGAUGGAAUGAAUGCUUAUAUGGCAUACAAAGUUACAACCAAGACGUCUUUGUCAAUGUUCAACAAGAACGAGUUCUCUGUCCGUAGAAGAUUUAGUGAUUUUCUUGGGCUGCAUAGUAAACUAGCAACAAAAUAUAUGCAUAUUGGAUAUAUUGUGCCACCAGCUCCUGAGAAAAGUAUAGUAGGCAUGACAAAAGUAAAGGUGGGAAAAGAAGACUCGUCAUCAAAUGAAUUUGUUGAGAAGAGAAGGGCUGCUCUGGAAAGAUAUCUACAGCGCACAGUGAAACACCCUACUCUGCUGCAGGAUCCAGAUGUGAGACAGUUUUUAGAAAGUUCUGAGCUGCCGAGAGCAGUUAGCACCCAGGCUUUGAGCGGAGCAGGAUUAUUGAGAAUGGUGAACAAAGCUGCCGAUGCUGUCAACAAAAUGACAAUCAAGAUGAAUGAAUCGGAUGCUUGGUUUGAAGACAAACAGCAGCAGUUCGAAAAUCUAGAUCAGCAACUCAGGAAGCUACAUAGCAAUGUUGAAUCCUUGGUUUGUCAUCGCAAAGAGCUGUCAGCCAACACGGCUGCAUUUGCAAAGAGUGCUGCAAUGUUGGGCAAUUCAGAAGAUCACACCGCACUCUCAAGGGCAUUAUCCCAGCUUGCAGAGGUGGAAGAAAAAAUUGACCAGCUGCAUCAGGAACAGACCUUUGCAGACUUUUAUUUGUUUUCAGAACUUCUAAAUGACUAUACACGACUUAUUGCUGCCGUUAAGGGUGUAUUUGAUCAGAGAAUGAAGUGCUGGCAAAAAUGGCAAGAUGCUCAGGUCAAUCUGCAAAAGAAACAGGAGGCAGAGGCCAAACUUCAGAUCUCCAAUAAACCUGAUAAACUUCAGCAGGCUAAAGAUGAAAUCAGAGAGGAGAUUGAAGAGUUGGAGGCCAAGGUUCAACAAGGAGAGAGAGAUUUUGACCAAAUAUCCAAAACCAUUCGCAAGGAAGUAGGAAGAUUUGAGAAAGAGAGAGUGAGAGACUUCAAAACAGUUAUUAUUAAGUACUUAGAAUCAUUAGUGCGGACACAACAACAGCUCAUAAAGUAUUGGGAAGCUUUUCUACCCGAAGCCAAAGCUAUAGCAUAGGAUGAAGACUAUAUCAUGUUCAAGCUCAUACAUUGACGUAUACCACAUUUCACAAUAAAAAAAAAUCAUGUGUAAAAUCAAAGACGAUAUCAAGAUAAACCACUCUAUAUUUUAUUAACAUGUGGCUUCUUUUAUAUACUAUUGCAUUUUAAUAAGUGCUGCAUGUCCUGACCUAUUCCAACGGACUGUGGCAUGAUAUUCUGCGAUAUUCUGCUGAACUGAACACUAAUGUGUCUUACUAUUUUGCAUUUAACAAGUGCAGAAGAAAGCAAGAAUGUUUUACUCUGGAGUAUUAUUACUUGCAAACAAGUUCUGUCAAAUUAUAAUUACCUUAUCUUUAUGAAUCCAAUUAUUGUUGCAUUUAUAAAUGUUCACUUACACAUUCCUGUACAGAUAUUAUGAUUUUGUGAUUAUUAUAAUAAAGGCAUAUGCCUUGUGUAAUGCCA